GGAGCGCGCACUACACUCAACUGGCUUUUGAUCACGUGAUUUGUUCGAGCCGCACAUCAACACGUGAUUAAAGUUUACUUCCGCCUCGGGUUUUGCUCUGAAAGAGUGAAGGAGUGACAGAUUCAGGGAUUGAUCACCGCAGGAAAGAUGAUUGUGUCCACAGCUGGAGUUUUCUUCUUCUUCACACUCAUUCCCGUGUCCCUUUCCUCAGCAGCUCCCAGUUUCACAGUGGAUUAUAAAAACAACAGCUUCCUGAAGGAUGGAGAAUAUUUCCGCUACAUCUCCGGGAGCAUUCACUACAGCAGGAUCCCCAGGUUCUACUGGAAAGACCGGCUGCUGAAGAUGUACAUGGCUGGACUCGAUGCCGUCCAGACAUACAUCCCCUGGAGCUUCCACGAGUCCGUGCCCGGAGUGUACGACUUCAGCGGAGACCGAGAUCUGGAAUAUUUCCUCCAGCUGUGUCACGACAUCGGCCUGCUGGUCAUCCUCAGACCCGGACCCUACAUCUGUGCUGAGUGGGACCUGGGCGGCCUGCCUGCAUGGUUACUGAAGAAGAAAGACAUCGUCCUCCGCACAGCAGAUCCAGAUUAUUUAGCGGCGGUGGAUAAAUGGAUGGGGAAGCUCUUACCCAUGAUGAAGCGUCACCUCUAUCAGAACGGGGGGCCGAUCAUCACAGUGCAGGUGGAGAACGAGUACGGGAGCUAUUUCGCGUGUGAUUUCGAUUACCUGCGUCACCUGGUCAAACUCUUCCGCUCGCACCUGGGGGACGACGUGGUUCUGUUCAGCACUGACGGACCCGGACUCGGUUACCUCAAGUGUGGAGCUCUGCAGGGGGUCUACGCCACUGUCGACUUCGGGCCUGGCGGAAACGUGACAAAAGCUUUUGAAGCUCAGAGAUACGCUGAACCUCGUGGGCCACUGGUGAAUUCGGAGUACUACACUGGCUGGCUGGAUCACUGGGGAGAACCUCAUUCUGUCGUCUCUACCAACGCUGUGGUCAAGACCCUCGAGGAGAUCCUGGACCUCGGCGCAAACGUCAACAUGUACAUGUUUAUCGGAGGAACCACGUUUGGGUAUUGGAACGGUGCAAACACUCCGUUUGCUCCUCAGCCCACCAGCUACGACUUCGAUGCUCCUCUGACGGAGGCUGGAGAUCUCACGCAAAAAUACUUCGCCAUCCGCAAAGUCAUUAAGAAGUAUAAGAAGAUACCAGGUGGAGUUUUACCGCCGUCGACGCCCAAGUUUGCAUACGGAAAAGUGCAAAUGAAGAAAUUAAAGACCGUAUCAGAAUCUCUGGAGAUUCUCUCAGUUUCUGGUCCUGUGAAAACUCUUUAUCCUCUCAGCUUCAUCGACCUCAAUCAGCAAUUCGGGUUUGUUUUGUAUCAGACGUCACUUCCUGUGGACUGUUUAAAGCCGACUCCUCUCUCAUCUCCGCUGAACGGAGUUCAUGACCGAGCGUACGUCUCAGUGGGCGGAGUGGCUGUAGGAAUACUGGAGAGAAACAAGUGUAUCAGUAUUAAUAUAACUGGGAGAGCUGGGAGCAGUCUGGAUGUGCUGGUGGAGAGCAUGGGCCGAAUUAAUUACGGAAAAAACCUCAACGACUUCAAGGGUCUGGUGACGAACCUCACACUGGGAGCAGACGUUCUGACCAACUGGACAAUAUUCAGUCUCAGUAUAGAUGAAGUAGUGAGGGAGGGGCUACUGUGGGACACGUCCUCUCAACAGGACAGUGGCCCCACCCACAUCCUAGCCCCGCCUACCUCGCUGUCUCUGCCUACGUUUUACGGUGGAACCUUGAAGAUUCCUGACCAAAUCCCAGACCUGCCGCAGGACACGUACAUUCAGUUUCCAGGCUGGAGCAAGGGUCAGGUGUGGAUAAACGGGGUGAAUUUGGGUCGCUACUGGCCGUCUCGUGGUCCUCAGGUCACUCUGUUCGUCCCUGCGUCUGUCCUCAGCACCGAGGCCCCCAAUAACAUCACGCUUCUGGAGCUGGAGACGUGUCAAUGCACACGGGGAGAGUGUGUGGUCCAGUUCACACACACACCGAUCCUCAACUUCACCGUUACACACAUCAAACCUCACAGCAGGGGGCAAACAUUCAUCACACCAUGAACACGCAAUACACACACAUGCAAUACACACACAAACACACACACACACACACACACACACACACACAUACACCAUGAACACUCAAUACACACACACAUACACACACACAUACACACACACACCAAACCCCACAGCAGGGCGCAAACACUCAUCACACCAUGAACACGCAAUACACACACACACAUACACACACACAAUACACACCAUGAACACUCAAUAUACACACACCAUAAAAACGCACACACACACACACACACACUACUGACUGUAUUAGAGAUGAUGUAUAGUGUGAUCAUUACAAUCUGAACGUGUGUGUGUGUGUGUGUGUGUGUGUGUGUGUGUGUGUGUGUGUGUGUGUGUGUUGGUGGUGGGGGGGGGGUUUAUGGAUAUCUGAUUAUUUACUCUGGGAUUUUAUAAUAAAUAAUUAUUUUUCUUACUGCUGGGAAUACUGUGGAAUACUGUGGAAUAUUGUGAAGGAAACUAUCACAUGCUGCUUUCUAAUAAAACCUGAUUCCAAUAAAACUCACUGUGGGGUAAAAACUGA